AUGGCAGAGGCAGAGGCAGAGGCAGAGGCAGAGGCAGAGGCAGAGGCAGAGGCAGAGGCAGAGGCAGAGGCAGAGGCAGAGGCAGAGGCAGAGGCAGUAAGGAAGACAGGUCGAGGUCGAAGUUAUUUGGUGGGCUGGGCUGGGCUGGGCUGGGCUGGGGAAGGGAAACAGGAUGAUGCGCUGGUCGUUGUGUUGACUGCCCGACGACCCAGCGAAUCAAUGGCCUGGGAGCUUUGGCGGCACUAUCGGUUUAGGGUAGGGGCCUAGGGGCCAGGGGGCCUUUGCCUGAUUUGGCGAUUAUUCUGCGUGGAGCUGCAGAAUAACGACGUCCAAUCGUCCAGCCGAAUUGCUGGACGGACGAGUGAAUGGAUGCAGACGCUGCUCUUUCUUUCCUGUCUU